AUGACGGUGACGUUUGAAGGGCUGGACUGUAUCGCCGAUAUGGGCUCUACUGAGUACAAGGCGUUAGCGAGUGUUUCGCAGGCUGGCAGACACGCUUGGGCGUACCAGGCCAACUACGCGUACUACGUGUUGUACUAUGGCGCAGUGUUGACGUUCUGUGCGAUCGUCAAGUACGUGUGGUACAGAUUUGACGACUGGAGCUAUAGAAACGGUGAUUCUAGAGGUUCUCUGCUGAAGAGAGGCAUCGCACUGACCCGUGUUGUAGGGUAUAGGCGAUUCCCCGUGAUGCUGUCGAGGGUAACAGGGCUCCCUGCGUCCUUUGGCACGUUGGUGGUGAUGGGUGCUUCGACACUGUUUGUCCUGUGUGUGUGCUUCAUACCGCAUUUCUACUACAGAGCAUGUCGAGGGUUUGGCUCUCCGCCUUUGGCCGUGAGAGCUGGUUUACAGGUGAUGGCACUGACGCCAUACCUGAUCAUCAUCUCCGGCAAGACGAACUUCAUCUCAUUUGUCACUGGAGUCAGCUAUGAAAAGCUGAACGUAUUCCAUCAGGCACUGGGCUGGGGGUCACUGUUCCUGAGUUUUGUCCAUACGAUCCCAUUCCUCGUCCAGCCUGUUAGAGAAGGUGGAGCAGCUCGUCUUAAAGAGCUGUGGGACGGUGAUAACAACUAUUUAUACGUCAAUGGGCUCGUUGCCCUUGUGCUCCUUUUCUGCCUCUGUUUCCUCAGCACAAGGUUCUCAAGAUCCUUAUGCUACGAGGUUUGGUGGCAUUCGCAUUGGGUGAUUGGGCUGGCGUACUUUGCCAUCUUGACAUGGCACGUGUAUGGGUUGCUGGAUGCAGAGCAGUACAUGUGGGGAACUCUGGGGUUCUGGGGGUUCCAGAUGCUCUACAGAGCACUCGUGAAGACCACCUUCAAGCCGAACUUGUACGCAUUCAAGUCGAAGAAGGCCGCAUUGAACCGCAUCACCAACGGAUGCUACGAGAUCGUUGUCAAUAUCGACUCGAGAUACGAAUUGGACUGGAUGCCAGGCCAGCACAUCUUCAUUAGAUUCAUGUUAGGGAUUCACACUUUGGACAACCAUCCAUUCUCUAUCAUGACUGUUCCGGAGAAGAGAGGGGAAACUCAGCUGAAGCUGAUUGUGAAACCACACAGGGGUCUGACAAGAAAGCUGUAUAAUCUCAUCGAUGACAAGUCCACAGAGCUGGACUGUUACAUUGACGGACCCUACGGUGGGAUGUGCCGUGAUCCACUGGCCUUUGACAAACUGGUUUUGAUGUCUACCGGCACUGGAGUCACAGUAACGUUACCAUUUGUCCAAUACGUUGCUCAGCACAUGAGCAAUAAGUCAUGCCGUGUACGUGAGAUUGAGUUCAACUGGGUCGUCACUUCACAGGACACCGUGGAAUGGAUUCAACGUGAAUUGGAAAGUGCAAAGGAAUCACUCCGUGAUGUGCUUCGCAUCAACAUAUUUGUAACGAAUUCACCAAGCUUACUGGACUCCAGUUGCAACAAGAUGGCUGUAGAGCAUCACACAAGCACCCAAUUGUACAACAUCCACACUCACCACAAGCCAAACGCUCGACACCUUCUAUCACACAUAGAACUCAGACAGAAAAACGCCGUCAUAUGUGCUGGCACCCCGUCCUUCCAACGUGACUGUGCUAAUGCCUGUGCGCAGCUCCACACACGUGUGUUGAGAGGUGAGUGUGAGGAAAUAUAUCUCCAUACUGAAGCCUUUACAUGGUGA